UGAUCGCGCGAGUGCCACCGCAUCACGGCUGCAGAGAGAAAGUGCAGGAGAAAGGGGAAGAGUUAAGGGCUCGCGUGGACCCGCCGUACGCUCAGUUUGCCUCCAGACACCACCAUGGCAAAGUGUCUGCUCCUCGUGGCCUCGCUCGUCGCUGCCUCAUGUGCGGCCGACUUCAGGUGUCCUGACAAGAAAUACGCUCAGUACGAAGACGAAAGGCAGUGCGACAAAUAUUACGAAUGCGAAGAUGGAGUCGCCACAGAAAAACUCUGCCCUGACGGCUUGGUAUUCGACGUCACCAUCAGGAAGCUGAACAAGUGCGACCUGCCCUUCACAAUUGACUGCGGAGACAGGACCGAGCUGCAGCCUGCUCGUGGCAAUGAAAAGUGCCCCCGCCGCAACGGCUACUUCGCCCACCCUGACGCGUCUGUCUGCAACAUUUACUACAACUGCAUCGAUGGAGACCCUAUUGAGAGCCACUGCUCGUCCGGUCUCAUUUUCGACGAGUACAACGGUGUCUGCGCUUGGCCCAAGGCUGAGGACAAGGCCACCUGCGGCAAGAAAGCCAUCCUUCAGGAUGGAUUCUCCUGCCCCAAGGAGGAGCAGUUGGACGCCAACGGCCGCGCUGCUGACCACCCCAAGUACGCCCACCCCGAGGACUGCCAGAAGUUCUACGUGUGCCUGAACGGAGAAACCCCUCGCGAGCAGGGAUGCUCCCUGGGAGAGGUCUACAACGAGGAGAAGCAACUUUGCGACGAUCCCGAGAACGUUCCCGGAUGUGAGGAUUGGUAUAAGGACCGCCCUGAGGUGGCCAACCUCAAGAAGGGAGGCAAUAACGAGCAGUUCGUCAGUGGAAGCCCCAAGAGGAAGAAUUAAUCUGCCUCCCGCAGCCACCAGCCUAGUCCCCCUUAACGAUCUUUUUUUUAUGUAACAAAGCCAACAAAGAGCUCCAUGAAAUUGGGCUGCUGUACAAACUGUAAACCCAUUUUCAAAUAUCAAAAAUUGUGUUGCGAUUCUCGAUUAAUGUCGUUCUUGCCUGCGAACAUAGUUUAUUUUUUUUGCUUUUGACACCGGCAAACUAAGAAUGGAGUGUGAAUUGAAUAAAAUUUCAUGUUCCAAAUAA